AUGAAAGAGGUGCUAGAAGAGGAUUAUUCGGACUUGUGGCACGAGCAAGAGUUUUGUUUGGCAUUCUUGGCGCUCCAAGACGAACAUCAACGUCUCGUCCGUCUGGCGAAAUCGAAUUCCGACGGAGAGAAUCCAAGGCGUUUUCAUUGGGCGAAUCGAUAUGCGAAAAUUCGAAUCAAAUAA